UAACCACGAAAAUCGGCUAAUUUAUUCAAAAAAUUAACUUAAUAUACAAUAACUAUCUAUAUACAAUACUAGACAUACACUCUUUUUGGCGUAAUAAUGGGCAUUUUGGUGUUUUUGAAGGGUAUUUCGGUGUUUUCACCGGGUAUUUUGGUAAAUCCCGAGCCUUUCGGUAAUUCUAUGUACCGUCUUUUCCCGCAUUUGAGGAAUUUGAACAACCUCCCGUGUCUUGUGCCUUGUUUGUUGUUUGUCACACACGCUGUUGCAUAUUGAAUGAAGUUGUAGUUUUUCCCUUCUCAUUGAAGUUACAUACAGAAGAAUUUCGUAGAUCCGUGCAAUCAGACGCGAGGAAAUCAUGGGAAAUGUGGAAGCCCUCAGCACAGGCAGAUUAUAUUUCAAACAAAAGGAAGUGUACCAUUGAGUGACCUUGCUAGUCCAGAAGAUCUUGCUGAAAAGGCUGACAUAAUUAGGAAAAGAUGAAGAGAAAAUAUAUUGAGGAUGCGCCUUCGGAAAAUCAUCAAAGUCUUGAGUCGGUUAUUUUCCAAGACAACAUUGACAUCGGAGAAGAAAUCGUUGUUGAUGACAGUAAAUCUGGUAAUGUAACAUGUGAUGAAAAAGAAAGGACUGUUGAAUCAAAUGGUGGACCCUGCACUCCUUUGUUGCAUCCAACAAGUGUUACCAAUUUCGAGACAGAAACAUUUACAGAACAAAUUGACUUUGAUAGCAAAGCAACUAAAAAUGUCAUGGCUGAUGAGAAAGAGCAGAAAAUAUGUUUUGAUGUUGCUACUCAGACUCCUCCAUUGCCGAUAAUGAGUAUUGACAACUUUGAAAAUGAUGAUGCCGGAGUUAACUUUUACACUGGACUUGAAACAUUUUCCCAGUUUUUCCUUGUGUUGCAAACUCUGGGUCCAGCUGCGUAUUGUUUGAACUACGUAUACGAUGAUGUUACAGAUAUCGGUGUACCUGACCAGUUAUUUCUUGUUCUUAUGAAGCUACGAAGACACACCAUAAACUUUGAAUUAUCAUUAUUUUUUAAAAUCUCGGAAAAAACAGUAGAAAACGUAUUCCACACAUGGAUUCUUUUCAUGUCUUACCAGUGGAGGGAGAUUGAUAUAUGGCCAUCCAAAGACAUUGUGAAAUGUUUUUCACCCUCUGAUUUCAAGUUGAAAUUUCCAAACACCAGAGUGAUAGUCGAUAUCGUAGAAUGUCCCAUCAGAAAACCUAAACUCAAGGAGUCUCAAAAAGCCACAUAUUCUGCCUCUGAAAACAAAUACACUGUCAAGACAUUGGUAGGGAUAACUCCUUGUGGCGUUGUUUCUUAUGUUUCCAAAGCCUACAAUGGAUCAACCAGUGAUAGUGAAAUCGUGGAGGAAAGUACUGACAGUUUGUUGAAUUUGUGUGAUCCCGGAGAUUCUAUCAUGAUAGUCGCAGGAAAAGGUUCGGAUGGUCAGGAUGUGUUUGUACACAAGAACAUUAAGGUAGAUCAACCGGAUCCAAUCAAUAUCUCCAGUUGUCUUGGGAAGAGAAAUGAAAUGUCUUGUGCAGCUGUAGGACGUCAUAAAAAGGUAUCCAGUGGAAGAGUUCAUAUUGAGCCAAUCAUUAGACAGGCAAAGACUUUUAGGAUUUUAACUGAACGUAUGAAUAGUUCUGAAACCAAACUAGCUUCACACAUCACAUUUGUUUGCUUUAUGCUAUGCAAUUUCAAAACAAGUGUUGUUCCAAACCGUGUGUAGUACCGGUAAUUGUUAUGCUGUCAGUGUACUUUUUUUAUAAUGAAAAAAGAACAACUUUCUCUUCCAUACAGGAGUUGAACCUUACCGACAGAUAACAGCGUUUGUCUAUGAGUGUAAAGUAGACCAGCAUGUUCAACUCAUUAUUAUAUAUGUGAAAAAUAUCAUUCUUUACUUGUGAUCCUAACCUUGUAACUUCAAGGUUUUUAUACAUUUUGUCACAGCAAUAUAGCUGGUUUCCAAUUUAACAUUGAUGAUGCCAUAAUCUAAAAAAAAAAUUUGAAAUGUUCCUUUUUUAAUAUCAGGAAUUUUUUAUAAAUUGGUGUGGCUUUGAUUCUAUAAUCUGAACACCAUCCAAUAAAUGAAGCUUAUGAAUAUUGAUACCAUAUAUUCUUGUAUAAUGUGUAUGUAGGGCAGCUGCUUUUAAUCAAACUUUGCACACGAGGUAAAAUGCUUUGUAUUUAAACUUUAAUAGCUACAAAUUUUAACAUAUCUUUAAAAGGUAAAAAAAACUAAGGAGAGUUACAUUUUUUAUUUUUAUUAACAACUGUUCAAUGAUAGGUAAUUGAUAGUUGGUAUUUAUUCAUUUAUAAUGUUGCAAAAAAAUGUUUAGGAGAAGAUGAUAAAAUUUAUGUUAUAAAAUAUGUAUCAGUAUUUUAUUUUUCUGAAGUUUGAAACAUAGAAGUAUGCCACCUACAAUUCAAUUUUAGUUUUACUUUUUUGUACAAAUCUUUAUAUGUUAUAUAGUCGUAAAUAUGCAGGAAAGCUUUCUAUUAUGUCUAUGAACCUUUGCAAUUGAAUACGGGUUACACGUGUGUAUAAAACUACUUUUUCAAUCGUAUUUUUUUUCAUACAAAAUAUUAUCCAGAGUUGUCGUUCCUGCUAUGCUACCAUCUAAAUCAUGCUACACGUGAAGUUCUCUGGAAAACCCCAAUGCUUAUUUUGCAAAGGUUCAGAUAAUGUAGAGCAUCCAUCACAUACAAUGUCCCGAUUAUUACCCCCUUUGUAAUUUAAGCCAGUAGCAGAUAUUACACCCUUUUGAAAUUUGUGUAACAACUGAGAACAAUAAGUCCGGUGACAUACGAUAUUUUGGAUAUUACAUAAUCUACAAAAAAGAAUGAAUUUUGCGUGAUGUCGAAAUAUCAUUUUUUACAGGUACCUGCGAUUGAAAAGAGAUUAAAAGUUUUAUUGGACACAUUAUUAUUAUUAUGAGAAUAAUAAAUUGUAUCUUUUGACA